AUGUCGGCGACUUUGGACUCAAAGUCUGUUGGCCAGACGAAGAAGUUUGGAAAGGGCGAGAGGACCAUUCCCGCCCAAAAGGCUCAAAAGUGGUAUCCCACCGAGGAUGAAUGCCAACCGAAGAAAGUUCGCAAGACAAACCACCCUGCUAAGCCCCGGCCCAGUCUUCAACCUGGCACAAUCCUCAUCCUCCUCGCUGGUCGUUUCCGUGGCAAGCGCGUCAUCCUCCUCAAGCACCUCCCACAGGGUGUUCUCCUCGUUACUGGUCCUUUCAAACUAAAUGGUGUUCCUCUCAGAAGAGUAAACGCCAGAUACGUCAUUGCCACGAGCGCAAAGGUUGAUCUCAAGGGCGUUGACGAUAAGGUUUUAGAAAAGGCUGCCGAAUCUGACUACUUCAACCGGGAGAAGAAGGCAGAGAAAAAGGGAGAGGAAGCGUUCUUCAAGCAGGGAGAAAAGCCCGAGAAGAAGAAAGUCGCCACCGCCCGCGCCAAUGACCAAAAGGCCAUCGACCAACCCCUUUUGGCCACUAUCAAAAAGGAGCAGUUCCUUGCCAGUUACCUUUCUUCCAGCUUCAGUCUACGGAAGGGCGACAAGCCUCACGAGAUGAAGUGGUAA